AAGUACUUAUCCACUAAACUUAGUGAUUUAUAAUGAACUCCUCUUUAUUUGUGCUUGAGUUUUAGGCUUAUGAGUAAAAUAAUGAAUUGAAAUAUUAAACAAUGGAAAGCAUGUCUUUAUACACUGGUAUAUUUUCAUAAAGAUAGUUAUUUUGUUCUAUAGAUGCAGAGUACAAUUCGAGAACACAGAGAUGGUGGUAAUGCUGGUGGCAUCUUCAACAGAUAUAACGUCAUUCGAAUUCAAAAAGUUGUCAACAAGAAGUUGAGAGAGCGAUUCUGUCACAGACAAAAGGAAGUGUCCGAGGAGAAUCACAACCAUCACAAUGAGCGCAUGUUAUUUCACGGUUCUCCUUUCAUUAAUGCCAUUAUUCAUAAAGGGUUUGAUGAGCGACAUGCAUACAUAGGAGGAAUGUUUGGAGCUGGGAUUUAUUUUGCUGAAAACUCCUCGAAAAGCAACCAGUAUGUUUAUGGAAUUGGAGGAGGAACAGGUUGCCCUACACACAAAGACAGGUCGUGUUAUAUAUGUCACAGACAAAUGCUGUUCUGUAGAGUGACCCUUGGAAAAUCCUUUCUGCAAUUUAGCACCAUGAAAAUGGCUCAUGCUCCCCCAGGACAUCACUCAGUUAUUGGUAGACCCAGCGUCAAUGGGCUGGCGUACGCGGAAUAUGUCAUCUACAGAGGAGAACAGGCAUACCCGGAGUAUCUCAUUACGUACCAGAUCAUGAAGCCAGAAGCUCCUUCACAGACGGCCACAGCUGCUGAGCAGAAGACCUAGUGAAUGCCCACUGGUAAAAGCCAGAUCGGAGUUAAACCUGGGACUGGAUUACAGUGGAUUGUUUCCAACAACAACAAAAAAUCAAUAUUCUAUAAAUCCCUGACAGCCUAGAAAUAAGCUGUUUGUCUUUUAUAAAAGCAUUGCUAUAGUGAUGAAUAUAGUAUGAGUAACUGAUACAUACUCAACUGCUACUGUUCCCUUUGAGGAAAUGUUUACAGGGGCGGCCUUUUAACAUAUCUCAGGCUCAUUUUCAUUGCAAUGAUCUGUUUCUAAAACAAGAUUACUUUGAUCUAGACUUGGAAACAGAAAAAAAAAAGAGAACCAAUACUUUUUCAGAUGUUCACAGUUCACACACUACACUUGCUUUGUUACGCGUGGCACGUUGUAUAUAACACACACACACACACACACGUGAUAGGCUCAUUCUUAACUUUUUUUCCAAACAUGCAUCGUUGGCUUUUGUUUUUUGGUUACUUUGAAAAUGAGCCAGAGCCUUCUUGAGGAUAUUUUGCACAAAAAUCACACUAACAGAAAUCAUUAGCAAUGCAACCCAAGCUUCUGGCUGAACGAGAUUCAGUUUCCUUUUUUUUUAAACUUUUGUUUGUUUUAGUUUGUAUCUGUGCUUCUCAUUAACAUAAACUGAGAUGAAAAAGAGCAACGUCAAGUUUUGGUAUCCUUUUACGCAUUGGCCCAUCUUACAAGGGGAAGGCACAAACAUCACCUUGACUUAGGAGCCUCCCAAGUUCGGAGAAGUCAAAGCUGGUGUGGUCCACUUGCUCAUUCUGAUAAGACGGUGCUGGAGAUCGAAGACUGUGCACGGCCAGGGAAACAUUUGCGUUCCCAGGUGAAACGCCAGAGGCCAUGGAGGAGGCGUGGCAUUUAAGGAACGCGAGGAGCACGUGGCUCUAUGUCAUUGCAGCCCACAUGGAUCAAGGGACUCCUCCAAAAACAAAUACUUCCCUUCACUUAAUCCAUACUACUGGAAUUGUCACCGCCCCCCCACCCCCAAAUUAGCUGCCUUAUUUCCAAAGUCAGUGAAAUUAUUAUGCUUCAUUAGAGUCACAAAAAUAUUACAGCUAGGGUUCAGAUCUUACUCAGUAGACAGAUGUACGCCGCCAAGGCAAGAGCUUCUCCAUUUACUCCCGAUUUUGGGUUUGAGGGACAUGCUUCAAAUAGUUCAUAAAGAUUCCUGUACUCAAUUUUUGAAUCAUUUUCUCAAACUUCUUUAUAUAUUUAGGCAAGGAGAAAAAAAUUGAAACCAAAGCCCUUUCAGUUAAUAUUUUUUUCAAUGAGCGUGAUAAAUACCAUACUGUUUUCUUUGUGACAUUACUGCUUGUUUUCAUCAACAUUUGCCAAGUCCACAUUGACACUUAUAGAAAAUGGCCCAUUAUAUUCUCACAUUUGCCUUUUUCACCUUAACUAAAUAUUGAAUUGAGUGCAUUAAUUUAUUUGACACGCUAUGCAUCUACUUCAUUUUGAAGCAAAAUUAAUAUAAACAGGGUGGAAAAACAGGAAAAACAGUAGGACACAAACUUGCCAUUUCAAUUUGAAGCCCUGAAAACUAUUUUGGGUUUCGUUUUGUUGUUUGUGUUUUUUGUUUUUUGUUUUUUAAAUGCAGCCUGAUUAAGCUGUGACCACCGUUAAUUUCCUGAAGUGAAAUAAAAUGAUUACAUGAAAAUUUGCUAGAACUAGGCUCUUAAAAUAUACAUUUUGCUUUCUUUUUGGCUUGAAUCCAAUGCUAGAACUAGGCCUCCAAACUAGUUUGAAUUUUGUAGCCGAAUCUUGCAUGGGUCCUCAAAAUUAAGUCAACAAUUAGCCUCACUUGUUGCUUCUAUUGAAGUUUCAGUGACCCAAGCUGGGUGUUUGCGUCUUGGCUACUUGUUUAACAACACUAGAAUUCCAUAUGAAGCUUUGAAACUUGAUAUUCAUAAAGAGGGCUUUUUUUACCCUCCUUUUUUGCUGUUGAUAACAAAGGGUUGAAGAAAUUGCCAUCUGUAUAGUUUUCAGUAGCUGUGACAUGUGUAUCGUCCGUCCCCCCCCACCCCCCGCCCAACAUAGUUUAAAGUAAUAAACACAGCUGUGAGUUUUAGUUAAGUAAAAGUUAAUAUGGUAUAGCCAUGGAAAGUUUUAUAGCUUCAUUAAAAAGAUAAACCACUACCCACCUGUGGCUGUAUGUCGUUUCCAUCAUACUAACUAGAUUAUUGGAUGUGCCAGUUUUAAGCUUGGGCCUUACACUUGAGAAGUUAAACUGUGGUUCACUAUUUAAAUUGCCAGUGUUGUAUGUCUGAUGUUCUGUGUGCCGAGUAAAGGUACUAUGUAAGAAAGACAUUUGCAGUGCUUCUUGUCUUGUGAUGAUUCAAGUAUAUAGUUCUUGAAAGAAUGUGCGUGUAUUACUCAUCUGCUAAGGAGAGUGGGUUAAUGGGUAUAUCAGAGGAGCCUAAUGCAUUUUUUUUUUUCAGAACUUGAAAACCAAAGGUCGUCAUGAAUGUGCUCAAAAGUUAGAGAGAGAUCACAUUUGGAAUUUUCAUCUAUAGCAAUGUGAAGAACCCUUUGCAAUAUAAAAGCAUGACAUUAAAUGAGGCAGAAAUCCAUUUAAUUUUUUGUAUAUGUGCUAUAUAGAAACACUAGUGAGUUGGGAAUUUUUAAUACCACCACCCCUGAAAUGACCACUCAGUUUCCCAAACCACGUGGAAGAGAAUCUGAGCAUCUCCACCAGCUUUACUGGAGUUAAAGGUGAAGGGCUUCUCUAGACCUAAUGGUUCCAGUUUACCAGGUUUUGGCCAACUUGAUACUUAGACAUAAAUUAAGCGCCCUAGACUAGACACUUUCUCCUUGGACUUGACCUCCUUCCCUUUUCCCCAGAUUACUAGUCUGGAAUUAAAAUUAGCUCCAACAGUUACCUUUGACACCACUCAUCUUCCUCAUUUCUCCAUCUUGGGUCUUCCAAAAGGAGACUAGGUCCCUUUCCAUUUUCAUGUCACAACCAGAAAUGGGUAUUAGGCCUCAUGCGCUUGCUCAGACAAUCCUGCCACCGUGUUAACAAAUGACAGCAUAGAACCCAGAGUUUUAAUUCUAUGCAAAAUAAUAGCAGUACCACCAGGAUUCUGUUCCUUUUCCUUCCUGGAGUUUGGAAUUUCUAGCUGUUUAAGCAACCUUAAGUAGAAUAAACAGUAUUAGGAUGUUUUCAUGAAAUAGCAUGGCAUCCUUGUACUCCUUUGAGCUUGAUGCUAGUGGCUGGGACCGAUUUCCCUUUGCUCUCAAAAUAGCAAAGUGCAUCGAACCAUGCAGAGAAAUGCCUGUAUUUGGCAAGCACAAAAGGUAACGUAGAUUAACAUUAUUAUAGCCAUUAUACAAAAAAGAAAAUUUUGGUGUAUGCCGGAAAACAGCAUUAGAACACAAUAAGUUGUCUAGGUAUUUGUCAAUUUCAGUAUAUCUCCCAAUUGCACAAAGGGUAAUUGGACAUUGCUCCCCUUCCCUUUAAACAUGUGCACUAUCUGGAUUCCUAUAAAUGGCCUUGCAAACAGAAAUGGUGUGUAUUUUCAAGCACCUUGCCCCCAGCGUGUUCAUGUCCCAUUCAUGUGACAUCUGUGAUAAAUAGCCUCCUUCUUGUGUUUUCUGUUUGGCUAAUUAUCUUGUGUGGCACUAUUUAGACUUUAUUCAUUCAGCAAACAUUCAAAACCAACAUUAAAAUAGCAUUUUAUGUGUCAAAGAUGGAAGUUAAAUUUGUUUGAUGUCAAAUCAAAAGAAAAGUAAUUGCGAAGGUAAUAUCUGAGCUAUUGUUGGACAGAUCUAGCACAUGAAAAGGAAAAACCACAUUCAAAAAGACCACUCUAAAAAGUGAGGUUUCUGCAGGCAACUUGUACGUUCUGCAAUUAUUAGACGAUUAAAUUUUCCUUCCUAAGAAAGCCUUAACUAUGGCAAAAACUUUUUAACCUUUUAUAUUGUAAUAAAUAAAACAUUGUCCCAUUCCAUUUCUUAGUGUUUGAGAGGGUGAGUGAGUCAGGCGUGUCUCCAUGUAUUUCAUACUCAUUAAGCUUAUUUCAUGAGGGUCUAUUUCCUAAAUAAUAUUCCCAUGCAUACAACGGAGCUGCUAAAAAUCAAUCCAUUCCAACUUCUGUAUAUCUGUAUUUCUCAGCUGCCAGAAUUCUGGUUUGGAGAAGUGCUAGAAAGAUUUCAAAGCCUGUUUUAUGUGGGGAUACAGCAACAACUAUGAUAACACGUAGAAUUUGAAUGAGAUGGAAGCUGUUUAUCAUUUUAAAAUAUAAACUAUAGUGAUAUUGAAGAGAAAAAACCUGUAAGAAGCUAAAGAUUUUAUAUCUUCUGUAAGACCAAAUGGUCAUGGUGUGACCAGUUUUAAACAGCAGCCAGAGAGUUCUGCCUCCUUUGAAACAAUAUUCACACUGUAGAGGUGACUGCAUUUUGACUCUUCCUUUUACAUUCUCUCUCUCUUUUUUUUUUGCUUUAUACAUUACCCCUCCACACCUAUCCUACCACCCAUCCUUUCAAAGAGGGUGUCUCAGGCUUCAGAAUUUGGAAUGUUUUGUUAUUUUGUGUCUGUCUACCCAUUUCUGCAAGCAGCCCUGAAAAAUCGUUUGCAAAGAAACAGUUGAACUCUGGUAGUGUCCCUCACACACCCUCACGCCCCUCCCAAAGUUCAGGGUGAAAACCUAGGACUAUAAAAGUUCAGAAGUUAGGAAGGAACUGAAAUCUUUGAAGCUAAUAGCCUAAACCCAGAAGAUGACCUUGACUAUGUAACGCACUGUAUUGUAUUCAUGACACAAAACAUUGAAACUCUUCAUGUGCAUAUAAUCCCUGCUUCUAGCUCAUCCUUGUAGUGGUAAUAUUUGUCUUUGAUACCUACAAACAAAAAAGGUACUUUUCUCAACAAGGUUUCUCAAAAACAUUUACAAAACCAGCUUUGAGGAAAUGGCGACCGUUUCCUGGCAACAGCAUUUGGAGUAGUAAUUGUAUUUUCUCAUUUGUGAUGUGUAAGUCUGUGUAAGUAACCAGUGUAGUGACUCUUUGGUUCAUUACUGGUGUUGUUAAUUUUUAAUCUCUGUGUGACCCACCAGUGGCAGGGGGUUCCAAUCCUCUCCCCCUUUCUUUUUUGCAUUUGUCUGUUUGUAGGAUUGUCAGAAAUUAUAAGAUGUCCAGUUAAAUUUGAAUUUUAGAUGAACAGUUUUUUAGCUUAUGUUUCAUGCAGUAUUUGACAUAUACAGUGAAAGGAUUCAUCAUUUGUCAGAAAUUCAGAUUUAACUGAGCAUCCUUGGUUUUUCCUUUGUUUUAUUUCAUUUUUCUAAAUCUGGCAAUCCUACCGAUUUGGUCACUAAAAAUCACUUGUAGCAUGUGAAUUCUUCUAGUCUUCAUCCUUCACCUGAAAUAGAAGUCCUUUUUUCCCCCUCACCUUCUACUUAUUUCCAAAAGAGGGAGUCAAAGAACUUAACCUGCCUGCAUGGUGGGUUUCUAUUUAAGAGAUCUUUGUGAUUAUAUUUAACCUGUAAUUGUGCUUUGGCUUAACGUCUAACUUACAGUACUUGUAAUUGAUUAAUAUUCAAUAAAAACAUUUUUAAAGUA